AUGUCUUCAAACAACCCGAGUUACUUCAAGGUUCCUCGUGGGAACUACUCGUUCUCCUACACUGAUCCGGCCGGCUCCAGUAGGCUUAACGACUGGCUGCAGGAAGACAGCAAGGACAUGCCAUGGCAUAACAUUGGAUCGUUGCCAGUUCCCACAGGUAACAACCAGACGACCCCAGCCUCUGGAGGUUCGACAGGCGCCAAUGCCAACCAAGGAAGUGGCAACACGGCCAAAUGA